AUCUAUUAAGAAUAAAGGGUAUUAUGAGCAAAAAGUUCAGUCAUAUAUGAAAGCUAAAAUUAUGCCUCAUUUAUCCCUUGUUAUGCACAGGAAACAUUAUUUCCACCAAGACCAGUUGGAUUGGGAUGAACAUAGUUCUGCAGGGCGCUAUGUUAGGAGACGGUGUAAACCACUGAAGGAAUUCAUGCACUGCCAUGAUAAAGACCAUGAAAAUCUUUUUGACCUGAUUCGUAGGAUGUUGGAGUAUGAUCCAAUCAAGAGAAUUACUCUAGAUGAGGCAUUGGAGCAUCCUUUCUUUGAUUCCCUAAAAGAAAGAGAACUCAGUUGAUCUUAACUUCUUUACAAGAAGUGAUUUGGAGUGUGUCAGUCAACACCCAGGCCUAAAUACAAUGUCAUGCUGGUAUUGCAACACCAGUGUAAGUGAACUGCCUUCCCUGCCCCAUGACCAGUUCUCCUUGGUGUUAUCCAAGCCAGUUCUGCAGUGUUUUCCAGCCUCUAGAGCAGGUUUUUGGGUGCAGUCAGAGGGAUAAUCAACCCCUCCAGUUUUUCUGAGAGACGUUGUUCAAUCAGCAGUUGUCCUUUCUCCCAUCAGAUUUAGGCUAUAUUGUAAAUAAUAAAUUAUUUUGUACAGUUUAUUCUGUAUGUAUAACUACAUUUUUGUAUUGAUGCUAUGUAUCUUAUUCAACUGUUAUGGUCUUGAUUAUGGAUACUUUCAGAUAAACAUUAAAAUUUUGGUUUUCUACAA